GUAUUUUGUAAACUGUGUUUAAAUAUUGAAAACCUCCACCAUAUCACGACUCUUUCAAAGCCAUCUCUAUUUCAAAGCCAUCUCUCCAGCCCUGAACCAAACACAAAUAAUUCUUCUACCGACAGACAGGCAAAAACGUCAACAUGGCCGAACUGAGGAAUGUGUACGGAUGGAUUGCUUUUACUUUGUUAAUACUUGGGGGUGUCAAUGCUGAGACCCCCUGUGAUACAGAUUCCAAAGCCAUGACUAUAGCAAAUCAGGAAGAGUGCUUGAGCCAGAUUACCACAGCUGCAUUGGAAGUCGAUCGCUCUGCUGUGUCUCCAAAUGACACACUGAGUGUGUACAUGGAACUUUUAUUUUGUUCACAGAAUGAAGAGCUCAUAGUCUGCUGUGAGUCUAUAUGCGCACAGGGAGUAGCUGUAGAAAUUAAUCCUCUGGAUCCAACAACUCUUGAAAACUAUCAGCUUAGGAAUAAACCCAGAAUCAGCUUCUAUCCAUCAAGUAUGUACAUGCACUCAGUUUAA